CCGGACUGACUCAUCCUAUACAGUUUAUGAAAAAUUAUAAGCUAACAGAACGUGAGACAAACAUUGUUUUAUAUUUUUUGUGUAAUAUUAUUAAAACAAACCGUUGUAAUAAUGGAUGAAACAGCAACAUAUUGUUUGUGUGGCCAAACUUAUAAUCCGGAUCAAUUUAUGAUAGAAUGUGAUGUGUGUAAGAUAUGGUAUCACGGAGAGUGUGUGAAUGUUAAAGAAUACAUGUCAAUUGACUUGGAUAAAUAUCAUUGUCCACAAUGUGCAGAAAUUCAUGGACCAUCACUUCCUAAAGUACGAAUGAAUUGGCAUCGUCAUGAAUAUACUGAAACAAAUGCUGAUACGAAACCAGUACAAACAGGUACACCGGUCUUUAUUCGAGAAUUGGAGCUAAGGCAUUUUUCAAAAGCUGAUGAAAUCGUAAAACGUGUGAAAGGACAACAAUUAACAUUGCAAUAUUUACAAACUAAUGGUUUUGAAACUCCAAUUAUUAUUGAAAAUAAAGACGGCCUAGACAUGACCUUACCACCUUCAACGUUCAGUGUUUAUGAUGUUGAAAAUUAUAUCGGCGGUGACCGCGAAAUGGAUGUUAUCGAUGUUACAAGACAGAGUAAUGUGAGGAUGAAACUACGUGAUUUUGUUGAAUAUUACAAUGAUGCUGAUCGAACAAGAGUAUUAAAUGUCAUAAGUCUCGAAUUUACUGAUACAGGUCUAUCACCAUUGGUAGAAGCUCCUUACAUAGCACGUAAACUUGAUUGGGUAAAUUCCGUUUGGCCCCGAGAAUUACCUGAAAAUAGUGAAUUGAAGCGUCCUGAAGUUCAAAAAUAUUGUUUAAUGGGCGUUAAAGACAGCUUUACAGACUUUCAUAUUGAUUUUGGCGGUACUUCUGUUUGGUAUCAUGUUUUACGUGGUGAAAAAGUGUUUUAUCUUAUCAAGCCCACUCCAGCAAAUUUACUAUUAUAUCAACAAUGGAUGAGUAGUUCCACUCAAAGUGAGACAUUUUUCGGAGAUCAAGCUGAUACGUGUUAUAAAUGUGUAAUUAAAGAAGGUCAAACAAUGAUGAUUCCAACUGGAUGGAUUCAUGCCGUUUUAACUCCUGUUGAUUCUCUCGUAUUUGGAGGAAAUUUUGUCCAUAGUCUUAACAUUCCUAUGCAGAUACAAAUUUAUGAAUUAGAACGUAAGAUGAAAACACCUAAAAAAUUUCAAUACCCUUGCUUUGAAACAAUUAACUGGUUCGCAGCUAAAAGACUGCUUAAAGAACUAAAAGAACUUAAUCAUGAAGGGAAAAAAUGUCCAGCCUAUUUUUUACAAGGUGUGAAAGCUCUUCUCAGUAUAUUGAAACAAUGGAAUACUGAUAAAGAUUACAACACAAUCAGUCGCAGUCAAAUACCGAAUUCUGUAAAUAGUCAAAAAUUACUAAAAGAAUUUAGUAAAGAAAUAAGACACGCUGAAAGAUUUUUAAUGGCUCUUAAUCCGCCGAAACCGGAGCGUGAAAGUAAAAGAAAAAAGAAGAAGCCUUUAAAUAAAGACUUCAUAAAUUAUGAAUCAGAAAAAAUGUCCGAAAAUGCGUUCAAAGCAAUUUUAAAUAGUAAUAAAUCGGAAAAUCAAACAACGAAAAAUGUAUCACCAAUUAAAGCCAUAAAGCUUACACUACCAAAACCAGUGUCAUAUCCUUUCAAUAAAACAAUUUGUGCAGACAUCAUGGAUGGAAAAGCAAUUGAUUCGGGAAAUCCAAAAAAUCCAGUUAGUAAACCAGGGAAACAAAGUCCAACAGUAAUAAGAUUUAAACUUGGUGAUAAUGAAGUUGUUCGAAGCACGAAUGAUAAAGUUAAUAUUUACGGAAAUUUUGCCAUGGAUUCAUCAGUCGAAACACAAAAAGAAUUUACAUGGAAACAAGAUUCUAUUUAUGAUUUUCACGAUGGCAGCAAUGAAAGUGAUUUUACAGGUGGAUUUACUAUUGAUGAAAGUCCGAAAAGGAAAAAAUCAUCUAAAAAUAGUUCUCAUAAAAAAUCCAAAAAAUCAGUAAACCAAGAGAUGACUUCUGAGAUUGAUAUUCUGAAUAAUGCUCCGAAAAACGGUAUAGAAGAACUUUUGAAAGCUUCUGCAUAUGCAUUAUCAUCAACUGGAAAUCAAUUAGACGCUGGGACUCCUACGAUAGCCUCACACAAUCAAUUAAUGAAUCCACCCCCCAUAGGUUCUGACAGGGCAUCACCAUCAACAAGAGAAGCAAUUGCUGGGAUGUUAUCGUUCAGUGAACAAUGUUAUUCAACUGAAUCUCAAAGUUCGAAAAAACCUUCGAAAUCUUCGCGAAGAGUUCAAUACGAUGACGAUGAUGAUGAUUUAUCAAUAGAGAAUAUUGAUAAAGUUCAUCAAGACGAUGAUUUCAUUUAUCCAGCCUUAGAUGCAUCUGAUGACGAAGAAUAUAUUUUUAAACCUCGUGGAAAGAGACGAGUAGAUGAGGCCUGGAAUCCUAAAGCACGAGUUGGUCCUCUUUUACCGAAAACCAAUCGACCUGCUCGUGAAGGAGUGAGAAAAACUUCUGUUGAAAAAGGUCUUGAAGCUGCAGCUGCGAAACGUGCGAAACAUCCAGCUAAUGCAAAACGAGUAUAUAAUAAACAAAAAAAGAAGGUCACAACUAAUGGAGUGAAUCCAACAAGUUCAGAGAAACACAGUGACAAUGAAGGUCUCCAAUUGUCUGGUGGAUUCAGUUCUAUCUUAACAAGUCCAAAUAGACUGAAGGAUGUAAAAGCUAAACUUGCAGCACCUGUUCCUGUUGAACGUAAGCCAAAAAAAGGAAUGAAAACGGCUAAGCAACGUUUAGGAAAAAUUUUGAAACUUCAUAAAAUGAUGCACUAAAAUUAUUGCAAUGAACUGAAAAAAUAUGGAAUUGUACAAAAUAAUGACAGUAGUUUUUAAUUUUAGUGUAAAUAUUGUAUACACUACUCGUUAGUUAUGAAUCGUGUCGUAUCGUAUAAUUUUUAGAUAUAAGAUAUUUAGAUCCAUCCUUAAUGCAAUCAAAGAUAUUUUUUUUAUUUAUUUGAAUUAAUAAGAUGAAUUUCACAUUUAUGUAUACUUUAAGACAACAAUAUUUUUGAAAAAUUGACAAAAAAUAGAUCAUUCUUAAAUCGUUUUUUUUUUCUAUUAGCAUAACAGUUUUGAUCACAUUGACCGUUCAGUAUUAAUCAGCAUUGUUUUAUCAUUGU